AGCACCCCAAGUCAGCACAUCCCUUCAAGGUCAGCUACGUCUUCUGCACAUCACUGCACCGGGCUAACAAAAUGGGAGAUGCAGCAAUGGAAGAGUUUGGCCGCGCUGCCCCGUUCCUGCGGAAAUCGGACAAGGAACGCCUGGAGGCACAGACUCGCCCAUUUGACAUAAAGAAGGAGUGUUUCGUAGCGGACCCUGAAGUGGAGUAUGUCAAGGGGUCCGUCAUCAGCCGAGAUGGAGACAAAGUCACGGUCGAAACUGAGUUUGGGAAGACCGUUACUGCGAAAGAAGCAGACGUCCACCCCCAGAACCCGCCAAAGUUUGAUAAAAUUGAAGACAUGGCGAUGUUCACCUUCCUUCAUGAACCCGCUGUGCUGUUUAACCUCAAAGAGCGUUACGCAGCCUGGAUGAUCUAUACCUACUCUGGGCUGUUCUGUGUCACUGUCAACCCCUACAAGUGGCUUCCAGUGUAUGAUCAGUCAGUGGUCAAAGCCUACAGAGGCAAGAAGAGAACUGAAGCUCCUCCACAUAUCUUCUCCAUCUCUGAUAAUGCCUACCAGUACAUGCUAUCAGACAGAGAAAACCAGUCUAUCCUGAUCACAGGAGAAUCUGGUGCUGGGAAGACUGUGAACACAAAGAGAGUCAUUCAGUACUUUGCCAGCAUCGCAGCUGCGCCAGGAAAGAAGGAUGCAGCUCAGGAGAAGAAGGGGACCCUGGAAGAUCAAAUCAUCCAGUGCAAUCCAGCCCUGGAGGCCUUUGGUAAUGCCAAGACCAUCAGGAAUGACAACUCCUCCAGAUUUGGCAAAUUCAUUAGAAUUCACUUUGCAGCCAGUGGAAAGUUGGCUUCUGCUGACAUUGAGACAUAUCUUCUGGAGAAGUCUCGUGUAACCUACCAGCUAAAGGCUGAGAGAGACUAUCACAUCUUCUACCAGAUCCUUUCCCAGAGAAAACCAGAGCUGCUCGAAAUGCUGCUUAUUACCAACAACCCCUAUGACUACGCCUACAUCUCCCAAGGAGAGACCACUGUAGCCUCCAUUAAUGAUGGUGAUGAACUGUGUGCCACUGAUGAAGCUUUUGAUGUGCUGGGCUUCACUCAGGAGGAGAAGAAUAGCAUUUACAAGCUAAUUGGUGCCAUCAUGCACUUUGGCAACAUGAAGUUCAAGCAGAAGCAGCGUGAGGAACAGGCGGAAGCUGAUGGCACUGAAGAUGCUGACAAGGUUGCCUAUCUGAUGGGCCUGAAUUCUGCUGAUCUUAUCAAGGGCCUGUGUCAUCCAAGGGUCAAAGUAGGCAAUGAGUGGGUUACCAAAGGGCAGAAUGUCCAGCAGGUUUACUACUCUAUUGGUGCUCUGGCUAAGUCAGUAUAUGAGAAGAUGUUCCUUUGGAUGGUGGUACGAAUCAACCAAUCCCUGGACACCAAGCAGCCUCGCCAGUAUUUCAUUGGUGUGCUGGACAUCGCUGGUUUUGAGAUCUUUGAUUACAACACCUUUGAGCAGCUGUGUAUCAACUUCACUAAUGAGAAGUUGCAGCAGUUCUUCAACCACCACAUGUUUGUGCUGGAGCAGGAAGAAUACAAGAAAGAGGGGAUUGAGUGGGAGUUUAUUGACUUUGGCAUGGACCUGCAGGCCUGCAUUGAACUUAUUGAGAAGCCCAUGGGCAUCAUGUCCAUCCUUGAAGAGGAGUGCAUGUUCCCUAAGGCUAGUGAUGCUACCUUCAAAGCUAAGCUGUACGACAACCAUCUGGGGAAAUCAAACAACUUCCAGAAGCCCAGGAUUGUUAAAGGGAAACCAGAGGCCCAUUUUGCCCUGGUUCACUAUGCUGGCACUGUAGACUACAACAUUUCCAACUGGCUGGUGAAGAACAAGGACCCUUUAAAUGAGACGGUUGUGGGAUUGUUUCAGAAGUCUACAAUGAAACUGCUGUCUAACUUGUUUGCCGGGUAUGCUGGUGCUGACUCAGCCCAAGAUGGCGGCAAAGGAGGAAAGGGAGGUGGAAAAAAGAAGGGCUCAUCCUUCCAGACUGUGUCUGCUCUACACAGGGAGAACUUGAAUAAGCUGAUGACCAACCUGAAAUCAACUCACCCUCACUUUGUCCGCUGCCUCAUCCCCAACGAGACCAAGACUCCAGGAGCCAUGGAGAACCCUCUGGUCAUGCACCAGCUGCGCUGUAACGGUGUGCUGGAAGGCAUCAGGAUCUGCCGAAAGGGCUUCCCAAAUAGGAUCCUCUAUGGGGAUUUCAAGCAGAGAUACCGCAUCUUGAAUCCAGCUGCAAUUCCUGAAGGCCAGUUCAUAGAUAACAAGAAGGGAGCAGAGAAACUUCUUGGAUCUCUGGACAUCGACCACAAUCAGUAUAAACUUGGGCACACUAAGGUGUUCUUCAAGGCUGGUCUAUUAGGUACACUGGAGGAGAUGAGAGACGAUCGUUUAGCUCUCAUUAUCACUGGAAUCCAGGCCAGGGCCCGAGGCAUUCUCUCAAGAAUUGAGUUCCAGAAGAUUGUUCAGCGCAGGGAUGCUUUGCUUGUGAUCCAGUGGAAUGUAAGAGCCUUCAUGGGUGUGAAGAACUGGCCAUGGAUGAAGCUGUACUUCAAGAUCAAGCCUUUGCUGAAAACAGCAGAGACUGAGAAGGAGAUGGCCAACAUGAAGGAGGAGUUCCUCAAGCUCAAAGAAGCAUAUGCAAAAUCUGAGGCCCGAAAGAAAGAGCUUGAAGAGAAGAUGGUCUCUCUCAUUCAAGAGAAGAAUGACCUGCAAUUGCAAGUCCAGUCUGAGCAAGAUAAUCUCUCAGAUGCUGAGGAGCGGUGUGAAGGGCUAAUCAAGAACAAGAUCCAACUGGAGGCCAAAGUCAAAGAGCUGACAGAAAGAUUGGAGGAUGAAGAGGAGAUGAAUUCAGAACUGACUGCCAAGAAGAGGAAGCUAGAGGAUGAGUGUUCUGAGUUGAAGAAGGACAUUGAUGAUCUGGAGCUCACUCUGGCUAAAGUGGAGAAGGAGAAGCAUGCUACUGAGAACAAGGUGAAGAACCUGACUGAAGAAAUGGCAGCUCUGGAUGAAAUCAUUGCUAAGCUGACCAAGGAGAAGAAGGCUCUGCAGGAGGCUCACCAGCAAACGCUGGAUGACCUCCAGAGUGAGGAGGACAAAGUGAACACCCUAACUAAAGCGAAGGCUAAACUGGAACAGCAAGUUGACGAUCUUGAGGGCUCCCUGGAACAGGAAAAGAAGGUUCGCAUGGACCUUGAGAGAGCCAAGAGGAAGCUGGAGGGUGACUUGAAGUUAACCCAGGAAAACGUAAUGGACCUGGAGAAUGACAAGCAGCAGCUCGAGGAGAGACUGAAGAAGAAAGAUUUUGAGAUUAGUCAAUUAAAUAGUACAAUUGAAGAUGAGCAGGCAAUGGGUGCUCAGCUCCAGAAGAAACUGAAGGAGCUGCAGGCCCGCAUUGAGGAACUGGAGGAAGAACUGGAGGCAGAGAGGGCUGCUCGUGCCAAGGUGGAGAAGCAGAGGGCAGACUUGUCCAGGGAGCUGGAGGAGAUCAGUGAGAGGCUGGAGGAGGCUGGUGGAGCCACUGCAGCCCAGAUUGAGAUGAACAAGAAGAGGGAGGCAGAAUUCCAGAAACUGCGCCGAGACCUCGAAGAGGCCACACUGCAGCAUGAGGCAACUGCUGCCACUCUGAGAAAGAAGCAUGCUGACAGUGUAGCUGACCUGGGUGAGCAGAUUGACAAUCUGCAAAGGGUGAAGCAGAAGCUUGAGAAGGAGAAGAGUGAGCUCAAACUGGAGCUGGAUGAUGUGGUUUCCAACAUGGAGCAGAUUGUCAAAGUGAAGACAAACAUGGAAAAGAUGUGCAGGACAUUAGAAGAUCAAAUGAGUGAAUAUCGAACAAAAUUUGAGGAGGCCCAGCGGAGCGUGAAUGACUUCACCAUGCAAAGAGCCAAGCUCUUAACUGAAAAUGGGGAGCUCACCAGGCAAAUAGAAGAGAAGGACUCCCUGGUCUCUCAGCUGACCAGAGGAAAGCAGUCCUACACCCAGCAGAUUGAGGAUCUCAAAAGACAACUUGAGGAGGAAGUCAAGGCUAAGAACGCUCUGGCCCACGCGGUGCAGUCUGCUCGCCAUGACUCUGACCUGUUGAGGGAGCAGUAUGAGGAGGAACAGGAGGCCAAAGCUGAGCUGCAGCGCAGCCUCUCCAAGGCCAACUCUGAGGUGGCUCAGUGGAGAACGAAAUAUGAGACCGACGCCAUUCAGAGGACUGAGGAGCUGGAGGAUGCAAAGAAGAAACUGGCUCAGCGUCUGCAGGAUGCAGAAGAGGCUGUGGAAGCUGUGAACGCCAAAUGCUCCUCCCUAGAAAAGACCAAACACAGACUGCAGAAUGAGAUUGAAGAUCUCAUGGUGGACGUGGAGAGGUCCAAUGCUGCUGCUGCUGCUCUUGACAAGAAGCAAAGAAAUUUUGAUAAGGUUCUGGCUGAGUGGAAGCAGAAAUAUGAGGAGUCCCAGAGUGAACUGGAGAGCUCCCAGAAGGAGGCCAGAUCCUUGAGUACUGAACUCUUCAAACUGAAGAACUCAUAUGAGGAGUCCUUGGACCAUCUAGAGACGAUGAAGAGGGAGAACAAAAAUCUUCAAGAGGAAAUUUCUGACCUGACUGAACAGCUUGGUGAGGGAGGAAAGAGCAUCCAUGAACUUGAGAAAAUAAGGAAGCAGCUGGAGCAGGAGAAGAGUGAGAUCCAAGCUGCUUUGGAAGAAGCAGAGGGUUCCCUAGAACAUGAGGAGGGUAAAAUCUUAAGAGCCCAGCUAGAGUUCAACCAGGUGAAGGCUGACAUUGAACGCAAACUAGCUGAAAAGGAUGAGGAGAUGGAGCAAGCCAAGAGGAACCAGCAGAGAGUGGUGGACACCCUACAGACCUCUCUGGAAGCUGAGACUCGUAGCAGGAAUGAAGCCCUCAGGCUGAAGAAGAAGAUGGAGGGAGAUCUUAAUGAGAUGGAGAUCCAGCUCAGCCAGGCUAACAGGCAGGCUGCAGAGGCUCAGAAGCAGCUCAAAGGUCUCCAUUCACAUCUUAAGGACGCCCAGUUGCAGCUGGAUGACUCUCUCCGUGCCAAUGAUGACCUAAAGGAGAACAUUGCCAUCGUGGAGAGACGUAACAAUCUGCUGCAGGCAGAGCUGGAUGAGCUGAGGUCACUGGUGGAGCAGACUGAGAGAGGACGCAAGCUGGCGGAGCAGGAACUGCUGGAUGUCAGCGAGAGGGUGCAACUGCUGCACUCACAGAAUACCAGCCUGCUCAAUCAGAAGAAGAAGCUGGAGGGUGAUAUAUCCCAGCUUCAGACUGAAGUAGAAGAAGCAGUUCAGGAGUGCAGGAAUGCAGAGGAGAAAGCCAAGAAGGCCAUCACUGACGCUGCCAUGAUGGCAGAGGAGCUGAAGAAAGAGCAGGACACCAGCGCUCAUCUAGAGCGCAUGAAGAAGAACAUGGAGCAGACCAUCAAAGAUCUGCAGCACCGCUUGGAUGAAGCUGAGCAGAUCGCCAUGAAGGGAGGCAAGAAACAGGUUCAGAAGCUGGAGGCUCGGGUGAGAGAGCUGGAGAAUGAGGUCGAAAUGGAGCAGAGAAAGGGCAGUGAUUCCGUGAAGGGAAUCCGUAAAUAUGAGCGACGUAUCAAAGAGCUCACCUAUCAGACUGAAGAGGACCGUAAGAAUCUGGCCCGUCUGCAGGACCUUGUGGACAAACUGCAGUUGAAGGUCAAGUCCUACAAGAGAACCGCUGAGGAGGCUGAGGAGCAAACCAACGCUAAUCUGGGUAAGUUCCGGAAGCUUCAGCAUGAACUGGAUGAGGCUGAGGAGAGAGCCGACAUCGCGGAGUCUCAGGUCAACAAGCUGCGAGCCAAAAGCCGGGAUACUGGCUCCAAGAAAGGACAUGAUGAAGAGUGAAGUGCUCCGAUGAACCUCUCUGCUGAAGCUCUCACGGGGUCUCCUAGCUACUGUGUUUCAUCGUCACUCCUUAUUUAUUAAUAUUCAGUGGAAUAAAUGCAAUUAAGGCA